AUGCAUCUUGCUGCAUUCAAUCUUGGGAAGUUCCGCCAAGUCGCCGACUUAGAGAUCAAGUGUAAAUCAGGAACUAUCAUUAAUCCGAUUCCGUGUCCAAUUAAGUCUGCUACCAGUACCUAA